AUGGAAAAUGGCAACUCGGAGCUGAUCCUCGAGGUUGGUCAUGUCAAGUACAGGAAUAAUCAGGCUGGACGCUCUCCAGUUGGCACUCUUCGAGUUUACCGGGAAUACGUAGAAUGGACAGACAACCAAACAAAGGAGGUCUCUAAAUUCCCCUUCUUCCAAAUAAAGGGCCAACGAGUUUCGCCUCUCAAUAAAACGAAAGUCCAAUUGCAAUUGUGUCUACAAAAUGAUGAUCAGGCCACCUUCAUGUUUAUUAAUCCAGCCCUGGAUAAGGAAGGACUGAUCAAGGAACGAGAUCUCAUCAAGGAGUCGCUUCAGCAAGCCCUCCUCGCGCAUCGGCAACGGGUAUCCAAGUUAGCCGCCAAGAAUGAAGCGGGUGGAAAGUCGGCCGAACUAGAAGCGAAGCAAAAGCUGCUGCUACAAGACAAGCAACUCGAGCAACUCUACAAGCACCUCGUCUCCACAAAGCUCAUCACCCCACAGGAUUUCUGGACCGACUAUUACAAAACGAGCGGGGUGGCAGAGGAACAGGUCGGCGUCUCGGGCGGUUUUCUGGCCGACAUUGUCCACAACGAUGGUCAGACAGGCGUCAAAUUGAAUUUGAGCACGGAGACGAUUCAAGCUAUCUUCAACACUUAUCCAAUUGUCGAACGGAAGCACCUGGAACUCGUGCCCCACGAAAUGACCGAGGAGGCCUUUUGGUUGAAGUUUUUCCAAUCACACUACUUCUAUCGCCAACGCGAGGUUUUACCGAACCCGAAUGAUCCGUUUUCGGAUUGUGUAAAGCUGGACGACGACGAUAUUAGCAACUUUAUCAAGCUCGGCGUGGAAAGGAAGCGAUUUGAUCUCAAUUAUCUCUCCGACAAUUUGAUCUCCGAUAUUACAUGGAAGACAGACGAUGAGCCGAGCCAUGUGACGGGCGGCGAAAAGGCGCAGUUGAUGCGAAGAUGCAACUAUUUGUCCGAGCGGAUCCUCCAGUCCCUGACGAUGAACCUGGAGGGCUCAUCGAACCUGGAUGGUGCUGAGGCGUCCACCGCCAACGGAAAACCAGAAACCAGUGGAUUUGGAGCUCUGAAUAGAGGCGUUGAUCAAGUAGAGACGCGCCUGGAAUCGGCCGAGCUCGACGAGGAAGUGGACACGAAUUUCAUCCAGCCAGUCAAAGUCGCUGCGGAUCCAUCGGGAUCGGGGAAUCGCCUCAGCCCGACGAGCGCGCGGAAGCGGCGUGGGAUGAUGAGCGAGUUUUUUGAGCGGAAUUCUGAUGAGAUGAUCCUUGGUGAUCUCGAUUGGUGUAUACCGGACCAUGACGACGGCGAGGAAGACGAAGCAAUGGAUUCCGAAUCGACUUCGCAAAACGGUGUUUACGGGUCUCACCUCAAGGAUUUGGCACCUGGACAAUUAUCGGAGAUCAGAAUAGUGCACGACUCCGUUGCCGAGUUGCUGAAACACUUUUGGUCCUGCUUCCCGGCAAACACUCCUGAGCUGAAAGCCAAGCUUUCGAAGAUGAUGGAAACGUUAGAGAAAUACCAAGGAGAGCAGCUCGCCGCUGCCGCCCAACGAUUUGGCAAAGCUCACUUCGUACACUGCUUCGACAUGCUCGAGCUGGCCAAGAAGAAAUUCACUGCCAAA